UCUACCUAAUCCGUGAUACAUUUGCAGUUCAUUUCGGGAUGGUUGAAGUUGGGAUUGGAAUCUGUUGGGAUCCUGAGGAUUGGAGUGAUUUUAUUAUUAGAAAACAUCUAAUGAAUGUGCAGAUAUAUUACUUCAACGUAGUUCGGCGCUAAAAGUGUAGCGAAUUGUGUGAUAGAUUCCUUCUAAAAUAAAAAACAAUUUUGCCAGUAUAGGCGUACACCAGACUUGUUAGACGGCUGACGAAUAUCGAUUUUGUGCGAAACAGAGAACUAAUAUCAUGAUCGACAAAGAAUUUGCAGGCUAAUUGAUAUACUUUUGAUAAAAAUUGUAGUUGUUUUGGCAAAAGUCUCAGGCUUAGACUUUGAGACUUUAAUAUCUUUAGAAGAUAAUAAACGGUACUAUGAUGGAGGCCACGGAAAAUGGAGGAAAUUCAUCAUAUGAACCUUUGGAAGGCAGGAGAGCAUUUGACACAUCGGACAGUUUGGGUAUGGAAGGUAGUAGUCCACCGAAGGACCGUAGAAAGCUGGUGUUUUUUGCCCUAAUGACGGCCGGCGUCGGGUUUGUGUUACCCUAUAACAGUUUCAUCAUUGCAGCCGACUAUUGGCAGUCGCGAUUUCCAGGACAGUCGGUAGCCUUGGAUAUGUCUAUGACAUACAUCAUCGUGGCACUGGGCACAGUGUUGUUAAAUAAUGUAUUCCUGUCGCUUGCACCGUUUCGCGUGCGUAUCGCAUUCGGGUACGCCGUAUCUUUUACAACGCUGGUCUUCGUAGCUCUUUGUGAGGUGGCUUGGCACAUGUUCACAGCUAAAACUGCAUAUUCCGUUAACUUAGCUGCAGUUUCCUUGGUAGCGAUGGGAUGCACGAUACAGCAAUCCAGUUUUUAUGGAUUCGCCAGCAUGCUACCGAAGCAAUACACACAGGCAGUGAUGGCUGGAGAGAGUAUUGCUGGAUUUUUAGUGUCGUCGAAUCGUGUAGUAACGAAGUUGUUGAUCAAAAGUGACCGAGCAUCGACAGCAAUAUUUUUUCUUACCUCAACAGUUUAUAUAGCAUUCAGUUAUGUAUUGCACUCCAUUACAACACAUUCGCCAUUUGUGCGAUAUCAUAUGAAGGCAUGUGCCAAAAUUGUGCUUCGACCUGACGAUGAGCAUACUCUUAGUGACACUUUAGAAGGUGAUAUGACAAAUGCGCGCUACGGAGUGCUAGCAUUGGAGUCUAGCCCUCCUGUUCACAUUCCUCCAGGUACUACUACGUUAAGCUUUAGCAAUCCAGUUUACGAGCUCUCGAAUCCAAGCGGGGGAGAAAGUGUGCUAGAAACUAAUAUAAACAAUCUAACGUCUACCACAACUAGUGUGACUACCAAUAGUAACUCGACGAAUCGUCCGAUAACGUCACCGACCUCGGCAACGGCAUCGCAUGAUGUACCCAAUGUCGCUUUCAAGGUCGAACACGUAAUGACACCGGAUAUUUGCAGCUCUGGCAGAUUUGGAAGCUUCCGAAGUGGCGUAGAAUCGCGAUGGAAGGUUGCCCAUGCUAUCUAUCCUUACAUGGCAUGCAUAGCUUUAGCGUACUGCGUAACACUAUCUUUGUAUCCAGGAAUAGAAUCGGAAAUUAUAUCGUGCAAUCUGGGUACGUGGAUGCCGGUUCUGUUAAUGUUCACCUUCAACACAUCGGAUGUAGCAGGCAAACUUCUGGCAGCCGUUCCGUACGCUUGGUCACGAAGGCAGUUGAUCCUAAUGUCUGGUCUGCGGGCUCUACUCGUACCUCUGAUUUUACUGUGCUGUUCUCCUCGAGAGCAACCGGUAAUUGCCGGUGAAGCAUCAGCGUUUGUGUUUACUGCUGCUCUUGGUAUCACAAACGGUUUAGCUGGCAGUCUUCCCAUGAUGCUUGCCCCAGACAAAGUAUCAGCAACAUUGAAAGAGGUCACAGGCAAUAUGAUGACCCUUUCCUAUAAUAUAGGACUAACGGCAGGCUCUCUAGUAGGCUACGUAUUCGAAUCCAUGCUAGGGCCACAAUUGCCGAAUCCCUGUCCGCAAUAUCCCUUUGUUCCUCCGCGACCCAAUCAACCAAUUUACAAUAAUCUCAGUAUCGCCACUAGCACCAGCACCAGCACCAGUACCACAACAAUGUCAACGGCAAUUCUAACAACCUUGGCAUCUACUAUUCUUCAAUCUAGUACAUCCAGCAUUUCGCUGGAAAGCACUAGCAGCAUAUCAUUAUCCACGACCUCAACGAUAUUACCAUCGACUACAGUAUUAGGUUCGACACCAAGUAGCGUAGAAGUAGAUGUUACAACUGCUGCGCUAGACAGCAGUAACUUGGUGACAUUGGCGGCUAGUUUUGUGUACAAUGCAACUCAUUCAAUUAUAGAAGCUACCACCGAACGCUAAUCAACCUUGAUGUAGUGUCGAAACGCUCUUGAGCAUAUACAUACUAUACAUGAAAUUGCCACAGGAUCAUUCAUCAACCAGGACUGACAAAAGACGAAAUUGUAUGAGCUUGAGUCAAUUUCAUUGAUAUUAUUAGUUUACGUUCGUUAUGCAUACUUGUAAAAGCAAAUGUGGCCAUUAUCGUCCUCGCAGAUCGAGAUACUAAGCAACAUUAUGAUCACACCACAGAGUUUAAAUGUGUUCGAAACUAUCAUAAUGACAGUUACCUAGAAGUUAACAAGAUGUUUAAACUCCGUCGUGUGAAUGUUGUAUAAUGCUUGUUAUGUUUUUCAUUUUGUAUCAUAAUAUUUCGGAUAGGAACUGAUGAAUGUGUGUGAGCGAAAAAGAGAAGAUGAUUCACAAAAUAGUGGAAGUAGAAUAAAUGUUGAGUAGUAAUUGGAUAAAUAGUCAAAGGAAAUGUACAGAAGCGAUCGAAUAUGCAUUCUAGUUAGAUCUUAAAAAUAACAAUACAAAAGCAUAUUCACAUAACAAAAAAAAAAGAAAAAAAAAAAGAACUUCAAAGUGGAAAAUCGGUGGACGAUAAAUAAAGAUAUUAUA